AGUGCGGGUUGUGGGAGAGCGAGUUAUAUUUUUAGGUUAGAGAUGAUUUUGUAAUAAAUUCAGUGGAUUUUCAAACAAAAUGAAAUUUAUUUUUAAUAUGGAAAGAGUACUAUUAACAGUGACUGGUGUUUUGUGCACAAUAUUAGUUCUGAAGCUCUUUUAUUCAUUGCGGACUAUUUUGCUGUGGCGUGUGAACUGCUGGUUUUGCAACAACAAUUUUUGGGUCAAAUUGCCUGAACGCAAUAGUUGGACAUGUCCAAAAUGCGACCAGUAUAAUGGUUUCACUAAGGAUGGAGACUAUAACAAGCCCUUGUUCGCAGUAAAUGAACAGAAUCAUAAAACACCUAAGGUGUUUCACAGUAGUCCUCCGAGGAACGGCCUGUGCAAAAUGUGCAACAUCAACCAGCAACUGAAGGUUGCGCAGCUUGCCAACUUUGUUCCUAUGAAUGACAGGAAUUUUGACGAAGAAAUUGAUUCAUAUAGAAUGCAGUUAGAAAAGGCUUACAGAUUAUGUAGCCCCUGCAAGAAAGUGCUGCAAACGAAGCUGCACAAAGAAAAAGAAGUGCUUUUAGGCACUAAGUUAUUAGAAACCAGAUCUCCAGAUAAAAAAGGCUAUAAAAUUGAGAUGCAAAAUAGAAGAUUACAGGGCUUUAUAAACAAUACCUCGAUGUAUUUGGCCGGAUUACUUCUUAUACUGGUCUCUGUAGAAUGCUACUCAAAUAUAAGAAAAGACAAAAGUUUAAGUAGCACAGUAACAAAUAUCAAGGAUGUAGUAUAUGGCUUGCUGGUUAGGAUAUUAUCUAUUAUUAAGAUGAAAAUGCUAAUGACAUUCCCAGUACUAGAAAAUUACCUCGUAGAUGUACAUAAUAUUAUACAUUUAGACAAGUGGCCUAAACGCUUAACUUUUACAUAUGACAAAGUGAAAGGAUAUAACAUUUUGACUCAAGAAGCAUUAGGUGGCUUUGUUUGUUUGAUACAAAUCAUUGGCCAUGUCUGGAGUGUAAAUAAAUUGAAGUUCACCGUAGCCACAGAUCUUCUGUGGUCUAUAUUUGUGAUCACCUCUAUCGCCCACCACUCUGUGGCUGUAGACCCGACAAUCAUGAGCUUAGUAAAGUUAUUUAGUAUGCUGGCAGUAUUAUUUGUGUAUAGAAGAAUGAAGCCCAAAUCAAUACGGAGACAAAAUGCUACAAAAGUUACACCAGCACCAAAAAAUAUGAAGAACCUCACAAACUGUACGAUGAUUGACGAAGAUGAUUCCAUGGAGACUGAUGAUGAUGUGUCUUUAAGUCAAUUUGGUCUGCACAACUUCACGGAAUCGUCAAACGAAACCAUUGGUCCACUCAACAACAGUCUAAUCGGCGGGCGGUCCUUCACACCACGAAGCAAUGACAGCAUUUGGACCAAACCAAAGCUAAAUUCCACCUUCUGUGUUAACCCUGUUCUCAAGAGUCCCAGUUCCGUUUCCGAUACAGUAUUUGCUAAGCCCAGUUAUCAGAAAAUGUCCAAAGACAAUUCUUUUAAAAAGUACCAAAAUCUGACAAAGGAUGACUCGGAUUCUGAUUUGGAUGAGAGCAUCAGUUCUUUGUGCAUAGGUAGUCCGAAGAAGUCGAAACAGAACGGUUCGAUAUUUUCGCUUCGAAAGUUUACUGCGACUCCAAACUUCGUAGCUCCGACGCCGCUAGCUCGUUCGAGGCCUCUCAUAUCGCCGAGUAAGUUAGGGCACAGCACGUCGUGGGUGGCUGGGGGAUACUGGGGCACGGAAGGGGAGCGUCAGAUAUUCAACAUCAACGGGAGUAGGUCUUCCAGUCAGAGCUCGGGGUUUGAGUCCCAGGCGUCGAGUAUGAACCAGCGUCCUGUGUUCUCUCAGCCGCCAUCUCGCGAAGAGUCAGUCUGCGGCGAGCCCGACCGCAAUACGCUGAUGGAUCGCUUCUCAAACUGCAGCAUGAGUAACUUCGGGAGUUACCAGCCCCAAACACCCUCCCACUUCUCUCGCGUGAGUUCGCCGGUGUUCCCUCAAAUGCAGUACAAUAGUCACGUUCAUAUACCUCAGCCGCGUUUUGCUCAACAAAAUGUUCCAAAUGUGUUCGUUCAGCAACAGUUUGGGUCAAGUCAGAGCAUGUUUAAGACUCCCGGCGGGUCCGGUCUCAUCAAAUUGCCUCAAGUUAACCCGUUCGCGCCUCGCUAGCUCACUCAACUAGUCAGUCUCGAACUAUCGACUCAUACGUAUUUUUCUUUCAUUCUUCGAUUUAACUUUCACGAACUGCCAUUAUGUUAAGGUAUCUUGUUAAGUUAUCAUGUAGAUGUAAGUGGUUAUUAGUUGUAUGUUUGCGACUAAACAUAGUGUAAGAUUGCUGAUCUCGUGUUUCGUGCCAGGUGAAGGCUACAUGAAAACAUUAAGAAUUAUUGUUGUAAAUUUUAUACGGACGUCACUGUCCUCUUCUCGAACAAAAUGUGAUAUUGUUAAGACUAGUGUUUUUUGCAAAAGCGAUGUGAAAUGAUUCUUGAUGUUAUCAUUUUGAUUUAGGUUUUGUCAUCUUAAAUCUGAAAGAUUUUGUGAAGCUCCUGCAAUAAAAAAAUAGUAAAAGUAA